AUGUCCUCCUCGGAUGUUCGCGCCAUCCUCGACCUCCCGCACGCCUCCAGCUCGUCUGCGGCUGCCGGACCGAGCAGGAAGGCGUCACAGCAGAUCAAAAGGCCAGAAGGCAUCUCGCGCGAAGUAUUCGCUUUGAUGGGCAACAAUGCUGCAUCCAUCAUGCCAUCGUACCCUUCAGCGGCCAGAUAUAAGGCUCGGCCCGUGCCUUCUUCUCAAAAGACGAGAUGGGAAUGGUCCGCCUUCAACCCCAUGCCGAGCGAAGAGCGACCACAGGUUCUGCAUCACUGGCGGAAGUCGGUCGGCGGAGACCCCGCGCCUCCACGAGAGGAAUACUUUGCGACCUUCAACUCGUCUGGCCCAUCCGUCAUGCAGUUCAGUCAGAUGGAGUACGACCAGCACCUCAAAGACUCGGACUGGACACAACAGGAGACGUCGUAUCUCUUUGCCCUGCUGCAAGAGUACGAUCUGCGCUUUGUGGUCGCUGCGGACAGGUACGCAUACACGGAUACGUCAGUGCCGGGCGCUACCAAGCGACGGACGGUCGAGGAGAUCAAGGACCGGUACUAUACCAUUUGUCGUCGCUUGAUACGCACAAGGACAGCUUUAGAUCCCCAAGCGCAACAGCAGCUGCUACAAGCCUAUACUUUCGACAAGUGCAAUGCAGCUGAUACGACAGCUCGAGAAACCAAGCGCAAGCAGUAUGCGUCGGAAUUGUUCCACCUCACUGCUGCCGAAAUCGCCGAGGAGGAAUCGCUCUACCUCGAAGUCAAGCGGAUAGAGCAGAAUGAGAAGCGGUACCGCGCGGACCGCGACGCACUGCUGCGGUCGGUCAUGGGGCUGGACAGCGGGGUGGUCAACCUCGACCAGGCAAACAGCGAGGGUGUCGUCGGUGACAUCAUUGAUGCCGGUGUUUGGACGCAAGCUGAUGAUCAGAACAAGAAACGAAAGCGCCUCGAGGAAGAGACCAACGCUACUCCAUCGACUGUCUCCGCCUCGACCAUGCCGAAGAAAGCCCGUGAAUCUGCUGCUUUCGAUGUCGCACACUGCAUCCACCGCUCCGCUGCCGCCUCCGAGUCGACCUACGCCCUCGGUCGCCACCCAGCACACGUUCCCGCCUUCCUCCGUUCUAGCAAGAUCCCCAUACCCAAACAGAACGCCUCGAUCCGCAUCACCGAACUCCUCUCUGAACUGGGUAUAUCGGCUCAUCGGCUCGUCAUGCCCACCCGCGAAAACAUCGAGAUCUUUGAUAGUCUCUUGGCUGCGGCGGGUGGGCUGAUCGAUAUGAAGCGACAGGUGGAUAGGGUGGAGCAGGAGGUGAGGACGCUGAAGGCGCAGCUACCGGGGUACAUACCGCCAGUAGCCGGACGGGUGAGUCGGAUAAUCGCUGGAAGCUCCAGGUCAGGAUGCUGA